AAGAACUUCUGCGUUAUCACGCCUUACGAUGCGCAAAAGGCAGAGAUUGCACGCGAUCUGGAGUCCGUCAGACUUCCCUCCGACCGAGUCUUCAACGUGGACAGCUUUCAAGGAAACGAGGCAGACUACGUCCUCGUCUCCAUGGUGCGCACAGAAAAGCCUGGCUUCCUCAAGUCCCUUCCUCGCUUGAAUGUGCUCCUUACUCGAUGUCGCCGGGGCAUGGUCAUCGUUACCAGCCCAACAUUCCUCAGCGGCCCAGGUAGAGAGCUCCUCCUCGCAGACCUCGAACGUACGCUACCGCUGUGCUGGGUCUCAUGGAGAGAUGUAGCGGCUGGCUCGGCUGCGCUGCCUGGGUUUUCCCCGGCGCGAGGCCGCGCUGCUCGGGCCGCGAGCGCGAACGUGUACUCGGAGAACUUCAGCUAUUCGAGCGAGGGGACUACAAUCACGACUUCUCUUGGAAGCAAAGCGUUUCCGGAGCUGCGCCGGACGACUGUAGAGGUGGCGAGGCCAGCAGGGACGACGAAGAAGCAACAACCUGCGAUCAAAACAUGGCCGAGUUUUGCUCAAGCUGCGCGGCCUACGUUCCAACGCGAGCCUGCCCAAUCCUCACCGCUAACCUAUCAGCGCAAGGAAGUACAGGUAUGGCUUACAUGCCUUGUUGACAGUGACACGGGCUGA